CUGGGAACUUCUCUACGAUCGGGCCAGGUCAGUCACUGGAUGUCACCGUCUCCGUCUUCAUGGUCAGCUUAACAAGCUCCAGGAACACAAACAAAAGAAGGUGAACAAGGAAACAGCCAGGCCCCAAGAAAGCAGAAGUGGGAGCUUUAGACAGCGACCUACCCCGCGGGGCUGCAGACUCCGGUCCAGCUCUGCGUGGCUCUGGGUGCCCUCCGUGGGCACAAUGUCCCCCCGCGGGGGGCUGCCUUGGGCUCUGCUGCUUCUGUGGCUCCCAGGCUGUUUUCUCCUGAGUGACCCCAGCACUGUGACGGGCACUGUUGGGGGAUCCCUGAGUGUGCAGUGUUGGUACGAGGAGCACUACAAGACAUAUGCGAAGUACUGGUGCAAAGAAUCGUUUAUAACGUGUGACAAGAUUGUGGAGACUGACGGCUCAGAGAGAGAAGUGAGGAAUGGCCGAGUGACUAUCAGGGACCAUCCCGCCAACCUCAGCUUCACGGUGACCUUGGAGAACCUCGCCCUGCAGGAUGCAGGCUCCUACUGGUGUGCAAUUAAUAUACGAUGGCAAGAAGAUCCCGUCUUCUCUGUUACAGUGUCUGUUCUCCCAGCCCCAGAAGCAACUUCAGAGAAGCCUACAACUGACACCAUAGGCAGCACCUCAUCAACCACAACUGAAGUCCCGGCUGCAUCUUUUACCAGGCCCUGGCGUACCACUCACACCUCUAGCAGCCAGGAGAACCAGCAAGAUGUCCAGGCCUCAAGGCUCCCUGUGCUGCUCUCCAUCCUGGGCAUUCUGCUGCUUCUGCUGGGGGGGCUCUCACUGCUGACCUGGAGGAUUCUGCAGAAACAACACAAAGGUGGUGAGCGUCCAAGGCAGGGCCGGAACCCCAGGCAGGCCGCUGAGCAGUGUGAGCCUCACUAUGCAAACCUGCAGCUGCACACAUGGUCCCUGCAGGAAGAGCCAACAACACCGAGGCAGGUGGAGGUGGAGUACAGCACAGUGGCAAACACCAGGGAAGAUCUUCACUACAGCUCGGUGGUGUUUGAGUCACAGAAGCCGGGCUCUAAUGCCAAUGGGGUUUCCGUCCAGAGACCCCAGGAGGAGGAGCCAGAGUACAGCGUGGUCAAGAAGCCUGAGAAUCACCUUCCUAGCCCAUCUUCCCCUUAGUCUGCUCCCUCAGUGGGGACCAACAGACAGCUGAGCUCUGAGCAGGCUGGGCUGUCCCUCCAUGCACUGAGCCCAGCUGGCUUCACUGAGGAAAAGCAGAACCAGGGACCCGCUGGACCAGCAGGGAAGCCUGUCCCACUGUC